AUGGCGGGAAUUUUUGAAUUCAACUUCAGAGUGUGUCAAGUGUCAUACUUUUGGCUUCAAAUUUCCUCUCUCUCUCUCUCUCUCUCUCUCUCUCUCUCUCUUUCUCUCUCUAAAUUUCGGAUUUUUCUCUCUCUCUCUCUCUCUCUCUCUCUCUCUCUCUCUCUCUCUUCUUCCCUGACUGACAGAGAUGUGCACGCAGGGGGGAAAAAUGUGGGUGUGGAAAAAUCAGACGAGCUUGAGAUAGUUUACCCGGCCCCACCCGCCACAAUGGACGGCGCGCCGUCGGAGGAGAACUUUUCUGCUCUCUCAUUGGAAGAUCGCUUGACGCACAAGUCCUGGAAAGCGCGCAAGAGUGCUUUUGACGAGCUGAAAUCGGCCUUUGAUGCCUCACCAGACGAGAACGAUGACGUGUUCCGUCACAAUGCUUCGGCCAUCCUCACGGCCAUUCUCGAUAGCAACAUGCCAGCCCAGGCCGCAGCUCUCGAAGCUGCCUGCAGCUUUGUUGCCAAUGCCUCCAAGUCCCAAGUGUCUGGCAUGCUGAGCCAGUUGGCUGGUAAUGCGGCCAAGAAAUGCGUUGGCUCCGUCAAAACCUCCAUCCGGGACAAAGCUGGAGAAAUGCUAGUCGAGGCCGUGAAUACAGCUGGCACUGGUGAAGGCGUUGUGGAGCCCUUGGCCGCCGUCUUUGGCGCUCGUCAGCCCAAGACCGCCAUGGGUGGAUGCGUCGUCCUCAAUCUGCUGCUGGAAAACUUUGGCCCCACACUCAUCGCCCCAAAGCCCAUCCUCAAGGAGCUGGCCAAACCUUUUGCCUCACCCAAUAAGGACGUGCGCGACGCGGCCCAAGCCCUGACGGUGACUCUGUAUGGUUUUUUGGGCCCUGCUGUUCAGCCUGCCCUCAAAUCUCUCAAGCCAGUGCAAGUCUCUGAGAUCGAAGCUGCUUGGGCAGACGUCACCCCCGGCGGUGCCAAGCCCCUGCGCAAGGCUGGUGCCCGCCCCACUGCAGGCGGACCUGCUGGUGCAACGGCCGCAGCCGAGGGCAGUGAACAAGAAAGCGAGGACAUUGACGAAGAAGCCGCCAGCAUGCCGGACGCCUACGAGCUGGCUGAGCCUGUAGAAGCACUGAGCCAACUUCCCAAAAACUUGAGCAGCGCCUUACGCGAGCCCAAGUGGAAAGAUCGUCUUGAAGCGCUCGAGGCUGCGCACAAGGUUCUGGCGGUCCCCCGCCUGGCGGACGGGGCCUACGAAGAUCUCGUGAAUCAGCUGAAAACGAUCAUCGCUCAAGACUCAAACGUAAUGGUUGUGGCCGCCGCUGGCAACUGCAUCACCGCCAUGGCCGACGGCCUGCGAGAGCGUUUCCAACGCUGUGCCAACAUUAUUUUUGAAACACUUCUGGAGAAAUUCCGUGAGAAGAAGCUCAGCGUUGUCAAGAGCAUCCAGGCCGCCGUCAUUGCUUGCUUUCGCAGCCUCAGCCUUGACAAGACGGCUGACCCGUUUGUCACCAGCCUUCAGGCCAAAAAUCCUGAACAAAAGCAACAGACCGCUUUGUCACUGCAACGUUGCGUCCUCAAUGCUGGCAGCAACGCGGCAGACAAAGGCUUCAUGUCCAAACUGUGUCCUGCUUUGGUGACCAACCUUGAGGAUCGAGUUGCUCCGGUGGCCGGUGAGCGCCCAAUGAAGCCUUAUGUGGCCCAACUGGAUGACCGCAUGAAGGCCAAGAUUGAGAAGGAGAUGAGCGGUCUGGAAGACACUGCAUCCACAACAACGAAGCCCGCGCGUAAGGCAACAGCAAGCACCGCGGCCCCCACCAGUGCCAAGCCAAAGGCCACCAAGGCCACCAAGGCCAAGCCUGCGAGCUCUCGGCCUGCUACUGGUGCAAAGCCCGCCCGCCGCGCGUCCACUGCAGUGUCUUCAAAGGGCAAAACUUCAAACCGAGCGUCUGGUAGUGGUCCCGCCGGUGCGGGUGCCUACAGUGACUCGAUCGAUACCCCAACAGACGUCACCAUGGCUGACGACCAGGCGGAAGAAGCUCUGGGUGGGGUUUUGAAGCCCACCAUCAUUACUGAUCUGAAAUCUAGCGUCUGGAAAGAGCGCUUGGCCGCCCUUGAUGCGAGCAUUCCCAUGGUCGGGGCUGCAAGCUUGGGCGAGCGGGAGAUUACAGCGCUUUUCAGCCUCCUGAAGGAGAGAUCCAAGCAAUGGAAAGAGAGCAACUUCCAGGUGAUGAGCCGAAUGUUUGAACUACUCUCCACGGCCAUCGUGCAAGCCAGUGCCUGCCAUCCCGGCUGUGCCCACGAUAUCUUGCCCGUUUUGACGGAGAAACUUGGUGAUCUGAAGGUCUCCAAAGCAGCACGUGAGCUGUGCCAGGCCUUGACCGACGUUUUAGGUCUCAACUUUGUGGCCCUGCGUUUGUGCCAGGCCGCCAAGACACACCGUAGCCCCAAAGUACAAUCGGAAACUCAGCAAUUCUUGGCCGAGCUCAUCCAGCAACAUGGCCUGGCCCUGGCCACGAAGCCUGUUGUUGCCUUCUGCAAACAGGCCCUCGCGCACAUGAACCCUGCCGUACGGACAGCCGCCGUCGAGCUCAUCGGAACCCUGCAUCUCUGCAUGGGGGAUGGGAUUAAGGCUGCUUUCCGCAACGAAAAGCCAGCCAUUGUUGAGCUGAUUGAUAAGCGCUGUGCCGAAAAUGCGGGCAAGACUGCACCCACGGUGGCCUCAAGCAAGAGCAAACACGGCGAUGAAGAUGGUAUCGAGGAGGGCACAGAUAGCAACGAGGCUGCUGGUGAAUCAUCGGCCCCUCCGUCCCGCGCUGCCCAAGCAAAGGCUGCUGCUGCUGCUUUUGAUGGCCAACGCGUGAGCCUCGCCUCGGUCCUGCCUCCCUCUACCAUUGAAGAGCUGGAUAACUCCUCGUGGAAGCUUCGCAGCGCGGCCUUGGACGCCAUUGGCGCAGCCUUGGAUAAACACCCCUAUCUGACGGCUGACUUCAACGAUCUAGCCCUGCCGUUGGCCCGGCGUUUGGAGGAUAGCAACAAGAACCUGAUCACAACGACUUUGAACCAUGUGGGCCGCAUGGCAGGUGCCAUGGGCCCCGAAGGCGUCCGUGGCUUUGUUCAACACCUGCAGGCAGGCGUCGUGGGUGUGCUGACAGACCCCAAGGAAGCCGUGCGUGCGGCCGCCAUCCAAGCCCUUGAUGCAUGGGCCGCGCAAGCUGAUGUCCAAGUCAUGUUCGAGAAUUGCGUUCCUGCCAUGUUAUCGGGAAAGCCUCAUGGCCAGUCAUCCAUUAUGACCUGGUUGGCAUCUCAAAUCGAUGCUGCUGAUGAGUUGACGGACGUCAAGGUCUUGGUCAAGCCCACACUUGGCGAGCUUGUAGAUCGCAAUCAGGAUGUCCGUCGCGCAGCACAGACGCUGCUCAACGCCCUGGUCAAAAUUAUCAAGCCUUCGCUUUUGAAGAAAGCCAUCAUGUCGCGCAAGGAUGGCGAUCAGGCCACAAUGCUGGCGUGUCUUGACAAGGCAAUCGAGCAAGCUGGAAGUGCCGUCGCUAGCACGGCCGCGACGAAUGCAGCGCCUGCGGCUGCAGCUGCGCCACAAGCGUCCGCCUCGACGCGUGGUUCCUCGGGCGAUACCAAGGUGCCGCGACGCAGCAUUGCCAAAUCGGACCGCUCCCGUGCAGAAGCCUCACGCAAAAGCACUGCGUCCAAGAUUGAUACGGGACUACAAUCAGAUGAUGUUCGUGAACCACCCCUGUCGACCAGUGCCGGGCGCGCCAGCCGGAUGAAGGACAUCAAGGCCCACAAGGUGCUCAAGUGGAGCUUUGACACGCCCCGUCCAGAGCAUGUGCAGCAACUGAGUCAGCAGUUCAAACCCAGCGUCAGCCGUGAACUGCACAAACUCAUGUUCUCUUCUGACUUUAAGGACUUCAACACGGCACUUGACAUGCUUAUUGAGUGUGCUUGCGGCGAGAAGGCGUUCUUCGCAGCAGAAGCCUGCAGUCAGCUUGACCUGCUGCUGAUGUGGGUGACGCUGCGGUUUUUCGAGACAAACCCAGCGGUCCUGCUCAAGUCCUUAACCUUCACACAUGGUCUUUUGCGGACCGCCAGCGAGCGCAACUACGAGCUGUCCGACUAUGAAGCGGCGGCCUUUGUGCCCUACCUCUUGCAAAAAUCGGGUGACAAGAUGGAACCCGUUCGAAAAAGUGUAAAGGACAUCAUGCACGCCCUCGAGUUUGUCUACCCUUCGAGCAAGCUAUUUGGACGUCUGUUGGAUGGCCUCAAGACCAAAAACGCGCGCCAGCGAGAGGCUUGCAUGCAAGAGAUUGGACGCCUGAUUCAAAAACACGGCAUGAGCGUUUGCGGUGCUCAGGGUCCGGCCAAGGCCAUGAAAACAGUGGCUUCCAACAUUGCUGAUCGGGACUCGAAUGUUCGCAAUGCAGCCUUGACGGUGGUAUGCAAUGUCCACGACAUCAUCGGCGACAAGGUGCACGCCCUUAUGGGCCAACUCAACGGCAAGGAAAGCGAUAUGGUCAAGGAGCGGCUGGAACGACAUGCUUCCAAGCAGGAGACGACGGCGCCGGUGGCUGCCGCAGUGACGAGCCAGGUGCCCGUCCGUCGACCCGAGUCCGCGGCUGCCCCUCGCGUUUCGCGAUCUACCGCGCCGCAGCCCAAGUCGCGGGAUGGUGACUCGAAUCUGGGAGCCACAGUCACCUCUGUGGCCGUGACGAAGGGCUUGUUGGACUUUAAUUUUGAUGAGUUUACCCCUUCGGCUGAUCUCAACCCUGAAAUGCCCGAGUUGUUUGUCCUCCCCGAUGAACAGGACGACGCGCUGCCUUCUCCGGGUGCCAUGGCACGUGAGGGUGCUUUGCAACGUCCACGAUCCAAUAGCCAUACUCUGAGCCGACCCUCGGUUGCGGCAUUGCCACGCAUUUCAAUCGCGGGCAACGAGCACGACCCCGUACAGGAGACAAUUGACUCGUGCAGCUCAUCCGACGCCAACGUGGCAAUCCAGGCGUUGAAGACGAUGAGCACUAAUAUGGGACCUCACGUGGCACCCAAGGCAGAUCGUGUGCUCUUGGCCUGCCGCGCCCAGCUGACAAACUUUUACACCACCCAUUUGGGUGAGAACACAUCGCUGUCGAGUGAAGAUCAGCAGUCGAUUAUCCGCUCGUUAUUUUUGUUGAUUGAGCGUGCGUUUGAGGAUGCCGACUUCCGCGCUGCGGUGCAGCCCGAGCCACUGGCCGCGCUUUUGCUUGAAAUGAUCCACCGCAUGCAAGAUCCUCGCACGGUUAGCGAGUGCUCCCUUGGUGACUCGGCGCUCAAGACCUACAACGCGACCCUCAAUGCCAUCAAUGAGUUGACGCCGGCGGGAACCAUGGUCUCAGCAUUGGUGCGCGUGGCUCGGGACACGGUCCUACACAGUGUCGGCGAGACGCUGACCGUAAAUAAGAUGUUUGCGCGAUUCCUGCCCCAAAAUGUGGGUGAGCCCUCCCUCUUGGACGAGCUGACCAUCAUGGAGGAGGCCGUGGUCUUGGGCUCCAUUGACAACCUCUUUGCCAAGCAUUCGGUAGCUUUGCUCAAGGACCAGACUCUGGCCCAUCCAUUCCAACGUGCCUUUCGCUGUGUGACGGCUGUGCUCCGCAUCAUGGUGCACCGCCAUGGCAUCAAGGUAUUGAAUCGCUUGACGCGCGCUGACUUGUCUCGCAAGGGCGGAGUGUAUUAUCUGCUGCGCAAGCGCUUGGCGCGGUCUGACCCGUCAUUGACCGAGGCCGACAUGGAACGCGAGCUCCCUCCCCCAGAGGCCAUGUUUGAGCCGAGUAUCAUGGUGUCGUCAGAGGCCGUGAUGGGUACCAACGCCGAUGCUCCCGCCUCGGAAGCCGAGGCAGAAGAUCCUGAUUCAGAUACGGCCGCAUUCACGCGUGAUGAGCAGCGCUUGGCUCAAAACCGUGAAAGCAUCAUGGUGGAGCUCCGUGGUGGCAGUGCGCCGCGGCACGCCCUGUCAACCUCUGCACCGCAUGCAGUCGAGUUGGGUCAAAUGAUGGAUAUGAUCCAAAGCAAGGAUCAGAGUGUCGAAGGUUGGCGCCAACUGAAGGCCUUUCAUCUGGCCCACCCCACCGUGGAUGUGCUUGCUGCUGCGUCUCACCUGUCCGCGCCCAUGCGGCGAUACAUCAAGCGUCGAUUGGAUGAGUUUUCUCGCAAUCCCUCGGGUGCGGCUCUGCUCUCCAUGCCGGGAUCGGCUGCCGACGUGUUGCAAAACGUUAUGGAAGCACGCAACCAGCUUGUCUCCUACAAGCGCAGCCUGGCCGAGGGCAGCACCACCGAGGCGGAAGGGCAAGAAGAACAACCAACCCCAGCCGCCCCAGAAAAACAGACUGAUUCUUUGUCGGGCACCCUGCCGGGCCGUGAGCCUUUGCUGCGGAAGGAGAAUGUGCAGGGCAAGGCCGAUGGAAGUGAAGACCCUCAGCUUGCCCUGCUGAAGCAGCGACUCUUGCGACUGCGCCAGAAGACGUCCACAUCAGCUUGAGAUCCCUGUACCUUUUUGAAGCAUUGGGUUUGGUCCUGAUUGAUGUGCUGCUGUGAUUGUGUGUGUAUGUGUUUGUGUAUGUGUUUGUGUGUGUCACAGAGACGAUAGAGAGAUAGAUGAUCAGCUGCUGGCGCCACAUACCACAGUGGUUUGGUGGCGCAUGUUUGUAUUUCGUGUGCCCUGCGGCUCCUUCGCGUCAAUUGCUUCCGAACAAUAGAUUUCAUUUCUUGG